AUGGCAGUACAUAGCAUCAUUUCAUCACUAAAAUUAAGAUUACCACAAGACAUACAAGGAAAAAUCCAGCAAUCAGCAUCCAGCAGCACAGGUACUCUAGACCUUGAUGACGAUGUUAAGAGAUGGGUAGUUAUAGGACUUUGUCUUCACAACGUCUUGACUCCAGCUUUGAGAAUAUAUGUUCGUACUUCAGUUAGGAACUGUUGGGCCCAUUGUAACUUUUUGCAGUGGACUCCCACAAAAUUUGUUGCAUCGUUCCAGCUUUUGGAAAGAUUUGUUAAAAAGAUGGGUGUCAAUGCCACGGAAGAAAACAGAAUUUUAGGUGAUAUACACAAUUGGAAAACAGACGAUGCACACCAGCUUGAAGUGGAUACGUGGCAAGAACAUGAUAAGAAGUUCGUUGAAACUGCAAUCAUUAAAGAUAUAAUUAAAUAUUUAGAACAGGAACCUUUUGCUAUUGUGAUCGGAGCAUCGGGCAUGGGAAAAUCAGCAAUCAUACACCAUAUUGCUUUACAAACUUGCCUUAUUGAAGGAUGGACUGUGAUACCAUGUCACAGUCCACAGGAAAUAAUAAGUCAUUACAAAGAAUUUGAGUUUCUUAUGUUCGUCAUUGAUGAUAUUUGCGGUAAAUAUGCAGUAAGCGAAGUUGAUAUUGAGAACUGGAUCAAUAAUAGGAAUAAAUUAAAUAUGAUGUUAGGAAAAAACAAGAUUAAAAUAAUAGCCUCAUGUCGCUUAGAAAUAUAUAAUGAAGAAAAGGUACAGCGAUCUUUAAAGCCAUUUCUUUCUAGUAGCUUUGAUCUUUCAACUGAAUACAAACUUUCGCUGAAAGAAAAAUUUGCCAUAGCUGGGAAAUAUUUGAAGACUGAAAACUGCGAGAAAUUAGAAGAAAUUCUUGGAAAUGACACGUUUUCCCCUCUACUGUGUUUUUUAUUCUCAAAGUACGAACAAUUUACCGUUCAUGAGUUCUUGAAUGAGCCAUUUAAUAUUUUUAGUUCAGAAUGGGAUGAGUUAAAAGUCGUCGAUCCUCAUAAGUACUGUCUUUUGUUCCUGUUUGUAAUUUUCAAUGGUACUAUCAAUGAAUCAUUAUUCAAUGAAACAAAUGAAGAUGAAAGGAAGAAACUUAAGAAUGUAUUUGAAAGUUUUAAAAUUGAACGCAGCACAGCUUUAUCUACCAUCAGGGAAAAAUUAGAUUUCUGUGUAGGUACUUACUUCAUCAAAAUAGGUGAAAUGUAUAAAGUUAUACAUGAUAAAAUGUUUGACUUACUUUGUUGCUAUUUCGGUAAAAAGAUGACUCAAACUUUCAUAAAGUAUGCAAAUAUUGAGGUAUUAUGUGAGCGAACUCAAUUACAAUCUUUUAACACCUUAUAUCCAUGUCGCAUCAGGAAUAUCGUUGUAGUUGAUAGUCAAUAUGAAAUAGAAUAUUUUCAAAGAUUUCAAAAAGAUAUACAGCAUGGACUUCAGAAGGCUUUAAAUAUUGUACAAAUGAAGUACAAAGUUUGUAGGGAACACUUUUUAAAUAUUUUAAAAUCUAUUUGUAAGGAAUCAUCAUUAAAACAAAUUAUAAAUAAAAGAGAUGAAAACAGUAACAAUGCCUUUAUCAUAGCAUGUGCAUACGGUUAUGAUGAAAUAGUACAGUUUUUUAUUUCCGAUGGAGCCGAAGUUAACGUAAAAAAUACACGUUUGUCUCCAAUGACAGCUGCAUGUGGCUCUGGAAAUUAUUCUACCGUUGUUUUGUUGAUAAAACAUGGCGCCCACUUAAACCAACCAGAUAAAUGCGGGGAAACACCCUUAUAUAAAGCUUGUUUUGGAGGAUUUCAAAAUGUUAUUGAAUUAUUAGUUGAAAAAAGAGCUGAUAUAAACAAAACUGUAAAAUCGGGAGCAUCACCUUUGUUUGCUGCGUGUAACGGUGGAGAUGAAAGUACAGUCAUAAUGCUGGUGUCGCAUGGCGCAAAUGUGAAUAAAAGCACUAAGUCUGGAAACAGUCCUUUGUUUACUGCGUGUUGUGGUGGAUAUGAAUCGAUAGUUAGAAUCCUCAUCAACAAGAGAGCAUCGGUUAAUAUAACAUUUGAGAAUGAAGGGUCGCCAUUAUUUGCGUCAUGUCUGAGAGGGUGUGUAAAUAUUGCUCGGCUACUCAUAGAAAAUGGUGCAAAGAUUAAUUAUGUAAAUACAUCUGGAGAAACACCUAUGAACGUUGCGUGUAGUGGUGGAUUUUUGCAUAUAGUGCAACUUCUAAUUAGCAAUGGCGCUUCAGUCAAUAAUGUAAACGAAAAAACCAGAUCGCCAUUAUACGUGUCCUGUCAAGGAGGAUACAAGAAUAUUGUACAAUUAUUGUUACAAAAUGGGGCCCGAGUUAAUAAUUCUGAAAAUGACUAUACACCUUUGCAUGCUGUUUGUAAUAUAGGAGAUUAUGAAAUAGCAAAGUUGUUGAUGGUAAAUAAAUCGAAGAUAAACAAUCCAAAGGGUGACGGUCAGACACCUCUUCAUGUUGCAGUUAAAAGUACAUGCAAUAGUGAGAAAUUAGUGAAUUUAUUAGUAUGUGAAGGUGCAGAAAUAAAUGCAACUUACGGUUGUGGAUUUACACCUUUAUACGAGGCAUCCAUCGCAGGAAACUUACAAGUUGUGUUAAUAUUAAUAGAAAACGGUGCAGUUUUAAACGUUACUACACAUUCGGGCGAAACUGCAUUGCUUGGUGCUUGUCGUAAGGGACAUCUUGAAAUAUCAAAAUUUCUAGUAGAAAGGGGGGCUGAUAUUAAUAAAAGUAACUGGAAUGGGGAUACUCCUUUGCAUAUUGCAUGCGCCUGUCGAUAUGAACAAAUAAUCCACAUCUUAGUAAAACAUGAAGUUGACAUCAAUCUUACCAAUAAUAAUAAAGAAUCGCCAUUUUACAUUGCAUGCGAAAAAGGAUUCUAUGCAAUUGCUAAAACACUACUGACCAAUAAAACUAAUGUUAAUGAAGUAACAAGUUAUGGAUGGAGUGCUUUAUAUGCGGCCGCCUCAUCAGGUCAUAAAGAAAUAGUUGAACUGUUGUUACAGAACGGAGCGAAUGUUAAUCAGUGCAAUACUUCCGGGUGUACUCCUUUGAUAGCUGCUUGUAGUGAAGGACAUAUGGACACCGUUAUUCUGUUACUUAACGAGGGAGCUGAUGUUAAUAUAGCUAACGCGAGUAGAGAGACUCCUAUGCAUCUUGCCUGUUUUGGUGGAUUCAGUCAUAUUUUUACACUUUUACUACAAAACGGAGUAAUUAUAAACACUUCUAAUGUAAAUGGAAAUUAUCAUCUGCAUAACGCAUGCAAAAAUGGACAAACCGAAAUAGUUAUGCUUAUUAUAGAAGAAAAUGUUGAUUUAAACUGCAUUAAUAGUAUGAGAAACACACCACUGCAUUUAGCAUGUUUUGGUGGACACUCGGAUAUUGUUGAAAAACUAAUAGAAAAACAUGCCGAUGUUAAUAAGGUCGAUGUAAAUGCUGAAACGGCUCUGUUUGUAGCAUCUGAAGGUGGGUACCAUACAAUUGUUCAAAAACUCAUCAAUGCUGGAUCUUUUGUUAACAUGCUAAAUUUUGAAGGGUUGACACCUCUUUGUGCAGCAUGUAAAAACGGGCAUUACGAAACAGUAAAACUUUUAUUAGAGAAUGGUGGCGAUAUAAAUCAAGCUAACUGUGAUGAACAAACACCUUUACAUAUAGCAACAAUAAACGAUCAUAGGAAAAUAUCUGAAUUACUUUGUGACAAGGGAGCGGACAUUUGUGAAUGGCCUGAACAAUAA